CUUUUCUUUUCUUGUCUCUUUCCUCGGCCUCUGCUCCCCCGAGAUUGUGUUUCCCGAUCGUGCUUUCCUCAAUAGCAUUUCUGUUUCUCGGCGUCAGAGCCCCGGCGAUAGAUCUCUGGAUCACUGCAGAAAUAGGUAUUUGCGAGGGAGAUAGUGAGGAUCGAACUGCCUUGGGCUCAGCCAGAAGAUUAGAUGGGCCGCCUUAAGUUGCAUUCUGGAAUCAAUGCCAUUGAGGAAGAGCCUGAGGACUUCGAGAGUAGUGAGUCAAGCAAUACAACCACUUUAGCAUGCAUGAUCGAUACUGAAGUCGCUGCUGUUUUGGCGGUUAUGAGAAGAAAUGUAAGAUGGGGAGGUCGAUACAUGUCUGGUGAGGAUCAACUAGAGCAUUCGUUGAUUCAGUCACUUAAAGCUCUUAGGAAACAGUUGUUCUCGUGGAACCAGCCUUGGCAUACGAUAAGUCCCAUGCUCUAUCUUCAGCCCUUUCUAGAUGUGAUACGGUCGGAUGAAACUGGAGCACCGAUAACCAGCAUUGCUUUGUCAUCAGUUUACAAGAUCCUAAGUCUGAAUGUGAUUGAUCAGAAUACUACAAACAUUGAAGACGCCAUGCACUUGAUUGUUGAUUCUGUGACAAGCUGCCGUUUUGAGGUGACGGAUCCUGCAUCAGAAGAGGUUGUGCUAAUGAAGAUACUUCAGGUUCUUCUGGCUUGUAUGAAAAAUAGAGCGUCGGUUAUGCUGAGCAACCAGCAUGUAUGCACUGUCCUCAACACUUGUUUUCGUGUUGUCCACCAAUCAGGAAUGAAAGGUGAGUUAUUGCAACGUGUAGCUCGCCACACGAUGCAUGAACUUGUGAGGUGUAUCUUCUCCCAUCUCCCAGAAGUUGACAGAACGGAAACUACACUUGUCAACAGAUCUGAAAGCAUCAGUCAAGAGAAAGCUGGAGUGGACAAUGAUUAUGCCAUUGUGACUAAACCAGUGGAGGAUGGAAAUACUAAUUCCGAGUAUGAUACUGAAAAUUCUGUGGCAACUUUUGUAUCUGGUGCUCAAAGUUUGAUGGAUGAUGGACCGGCUGGGCCUGGAAGCAGAAAGCCGGCUUCUCCAUACGAUUUGCAUAUAAUGACAGAGCCAUACGGAGUUCCUAGUAUGGUGGAAAUAUUUCACUUUUUAUGCUCUUUGUUAAAUAUGGUCGAACAUGUUGGGAUGGGCGCCCGAGCAAAUACCAUAUCAUUUGAUGAAGAUGUGCCUCUCUUUGCGUUGAACAUGAUCAACUCAGCCAUUGAAUUGGGUGGAGCGUCCAUCCGCCAUCACCCAAGAUUGUUAAGCCUAAUUCAAGAUGAGUUAUUUCGUAAUCUGAUGCAAUUCGGCUUGUCAAUGAGCCCCCUUAUUCUUUCGAUGGUUUGCAGCAUUGUUCUCAAUUUGUAUCAACAUCUACGUACUGAGCUCAAACUGCAGCUUGAGGCAUUCUUUUCCUGUGUAAUUCUGAGGCUUGCGCAAGGAAAAUACGGGCCCUCGUAUCAGCAGCAAGAGGUUGCUAUGGAAGCUCUUGUGAACUUUUGUAGGCAGAAGAGUUUUAUGGUGGAGAUGUAUGCCAAUCUCGAUUGUGAUAUAACUUGCAGCAACGUGUUUGAGGAGCUAUCUAAUCUAAUAUCGAAGAGCACAUUUCCUGUGAACAGUCCUUUGUCCGCAAUGCACAUUCUUGCGCUGGAUGGCUUAAUUGCUGUUAUUCAAGGAAUGGCCGAGAGGAUCAGUAAUGGAUUGACCGGUUUAGACUUAGGGCCUGUCCAUCUUGAUGAGUACACGCCUUUCUGGAUGGUUAAGUGUGACAAUUACAGUGAUCCAAAUCACUGGGUUUCAUUUGUCCGCAGGAGAAAAUAUAUCAAGAGAAGGUUAAUGAUUGGAGCAGAUCAUUUUAACCGGGAUCCAAAGAAGGGGUUAGAGUUUCUCCAAGGGACACAUCUCUUGCCUGACAAACUUGAUCCCCAGAGUGUGGCUUGCUUUUUCAGAUAUACUGCCGGGCUUGAUAAGAACCUUGUGGGUGAUUUUCUUGGGAAUCACGACGAAUUUUGUGUUCAGGUUCUCAAUGAGUUUGCUGGGACUUUCGAUUUCCAGUACAUGAAUUUGGAUACUGCACUCCGGCUCUUCUUAGAAACUUUCAGGUUGCCCGGAGAAUCUCAGAAAAUACAGAGGGUUCUUGAAGCGUUCUCUGAGAGAUACUAUAUGCAGUCUCCUGAGAUUCUUGCUAACAAGGAUGCUGCUCUUGUGUUAUCAUACUCUAUUAUCAUGCUCAACACUGAUCAACACAACGUUCAAGUAAAGAAAAAGAUGACAGAAGAGGAUUUUAUUCGCAACAAUAGGCAUAUCAAUGGAGGAAAUGAUCUCCCUCGAGAAUUUUUGUCUGAACUUUACCACUCCAUCUGCAACAACGAGAUCCGGACUACUCCAGAACAAGGUUCAGGCUUUCCUGAAAUGACUCCCAGCCGUUGGAUUGAUUUGAUGCAUAAAUCCAAGAAAACUGCUCCGUAUAUUUUGGCUGAUUCAAGGGCUUAUCUUGACCACGAUAUGUUUGCUAUCAUGUCUGGUCCAACCAUUGCUGCCAUAUCAGUCGUUUUUGACCAUGCAGAACAUGAAGACGUUUACCAGACAUGCAUUGAUGGAUUCUUGGCUAUUGCUAAAAUCUCUGCUUGCCAUCAUCUGGAAGACGUGCUUGAUGAUCUGGUUGUGUCUCUCUGCAAAUUCACAACACUGUUGAAUCCAUCAUCUGCUGAUGAACCGGUUCUAGCAUUUGGUGAUGACCCAAAGGCAAGGAUGGCAACUAUCACUAUAUUUACCAUUGCAAACAAAUAUGGAGAUUAUAUUCGUACGGGUUGGAGGAACAUAUUGGACUGCAUCUUACGGCUGCAUAAACUUGGACUUCUGCCAGCUCGUGUAGCCACUGAUGCAGCUGAUGAAUCAGAACUUUCAUCUGAGCAAGGACAAGGGAAGCCUCUUGCGAAUUCCCUAUCCUCAGCUCAUCUACAAGCAAUGGGAACUCCGAGGAGAUCGUCCGGGCUGAUGGGAAGGUUUAGUCAGCUUCUUUCACUUGAUACAGAAGAGCCAAGAUCACAGCCUACAGAGCAACAGCUUGCGGCUCAUCAGCGAACACUUCAAACAAUUCAGAAAUGUCACAUUGACAGCAUAUUUACCGAAAGCAAGUUUCUACAAGCUGAAUCUUUGCUGCAGCUUGCGCGUGCUCUCAUUUGGGCUGCAGGUAGGCCUCAAAAAGGGAACAGUUCUCCAGAGGAUGAGGAUACUGCAGUUUUCUGCCUGGAAUUGCUAAUUGCAAUCACUCUUAACAACAGAGACAGGAUCGUUCUCCUAUGGCAAGGCGUCUAUGAACACAUAGCUACCAUUGCUCAGUCAACGGUGAUGCCCUGUAACUUAGUGCAGAAAGCUAUUUUUGGUCUGCUUCGGAUCUGCCAGAGACUACUUCCUUAUAAAGAAAGCCUAGCUGAUGAGCUUUUGAGAUCUCUUCAGCUUGUGCUGAAACUGGAUGCACGUGUUGCCGAUGCCUAUUGUGAGGAUAUUGCUCUUGAAGUCAGCCGUCUUGUGAAAGCCAAUGCUAAUCACAUUAGGUCUCAGGCGGGAUGGAGAACAAUAACAUCGUUACUCUCCGUUACAGCGAGGCACCCUGAAGCUUCUGAAGCAGGAUUUAAUGCCGUAUCCUUUGUUAUGUCUGAAGGAACUCACCUGUAUCCAGCCAACUAUGUUCUCUGUGUUGAUGCUGCAAGACACUUUGCUGAAUCCCGUGUGGGACAAUCCGAACGUUCUAUCCGUGCCCUCGAUCUAAUGGGAGAUUCCUUAGAACAUUUGGCUAAAUGGGCUCGCACCGCUAAGGAGAACAUGGGAGAAGAAGAUUUUGCGAAGACGUCACAAGAUUUCGGGGAAAUGUGGCUAAGGCUUGUUCAAGGACUAAGAAAAGUGUGUUUAGACCAGAGAGAGGAUGUCCGAAACCACGCGUUACAGUCAUUACAAAAGUGUUUGGGCGGAGUAGACGGGAUCAGUCUAGCUCAUAGCAUGUGGUCUCAAUGCUUUGACAAAGUAAUCUUCACCGUUUUAGAUGACUUGCUCGAGAUCGCUUCUGGGUCACAGAAAGACUACCGGAACAUGGAAGGAACGUUGCUGCUGGCAAUCAAACUCCUCUCCAAAGUGUUUCUUCAGCUACUCCAAGAACUGUCUCAGUUAUCAACCUUCUGCAAGCUAUGGCUGGGCGUCCUAACCCGUAUGGAGAAAUACAUGAAAGUGAAAGUACGGAGCAAAAAAAGCGACAAGCUUCAAGAAACGGUGCCGGAGCUUCUGAAGAACAUAUUGCUUGUGAUGAAGACGAAAGGAGUGCUUUUGCAAAGAAGUGCACUUGGUGGAGAUAGCUUAUGGGAGUUAACAUGGCUUCACGUUAACAACAUCGCUCCGUCUAUGAGGCUGGAGCUAUUCCCUGAUCAAGAAUCUGCAGAGCCUUGCGAUGAUGAGAGCAAUGGCUUAGCUUCUGCUGAAGCUGGAGCGACAUAACUGGUUAGUGGACCUCUAUAAAUGACGAUCAUUAGGUGAGUUUCUAAAAGUCUUUGUUUGGAACAACUGUGAAAGUUGAAUUCUAUUUUGUAUAAUGUCGCUUAUGUUUUAUUUAUAAUAUAUACGUUGGUUUCUAAUUCAGAGAUUUGUAUCCAUUAA